AAUCAGCAAUCCAUUGAAUAAAGAGAUCAGUGGGCCGCCUAGCUUAGCAGCUAACGUUAGCAUCUGUUCCUUUCUUCCGAAGCGCUGCUCAGAAAAACGCAUUUUUAUUCCCUCAGAGUCGUGAUGCAGCAUGGUUGCGUGGUGCAGGGCUGCCCCAGCGGCACCUCCGACUUUCAGGCGCUCUUCCGGUUUCCACGAGAUCCAAACAGAUCCCAGAAGUGGGUGGAACAGUGCCAGAGGACCGACCUGAAGGACAAACCAGCCCAGCAGCUCUUCAGAUACUACAGACUUUGUGGGAAACACUUUGAAGCAUCUGCCUUUAAUACUGACGCUCCUGGUUCUGUGUUGAAACCUGAUGCCAUCCCAUCGGUUUUUGACGUUCCAGCCCAGCCUCAGACUGGCAAAGCGGCGACGAACGAUGAUGAAACGGAAAGAAGGGGAAGAAAAAGAUUUAAAAAAGCCCCAGCAGAGCCGGUUACCGAGACCGCCCCUGCUGUGCCGGAGGAAGAUGACGAGAAAACGUACCUCAAAACUUUAUUCGAGGUCCUUGUUCUGCUCGGAGAGCAAAGCAUUCCUCCCUCUGCGCCCUCGAAUGGGAACAAUGACGACUCCAAGAUGUGCAACUUCCAGGCGUUGCUGGAAUACCGCCUGAGAUGGGGAGACGAAGUCCUGAAGAAGAAGAUAGAUCCUGCGAAGCAGAACAGCCUUUUACAGAAGAUGGAUGCGCUGUUUGCGGUCUGUGAGCAGUAUGUCCGCUCUAAGGUGAUCGAGGAGGUCAAACAAAACGGCUUUUUCUCGCUGAUCACAGACGAGCCGCUGAAGAUCUCUGGAGAAUGGUGCCUCCCGGUGUUUCUGCGUUACGUGGAUCAGUCUAAAAACCGCCAGGAGAGGUUUGUGGGGUUCUUGCCCUUCGAAGGAAACGCGGAUGAUCUUCCUGAGAAGCUGCUGGAGGAAAUGACCGAGCAGUGGGGUCUAGAUAUGAGCCAGUGCAGAGCACAAGCCCACUCCUGCUCUGGCACACAUUCUAGAAAAAUCAAAGCUUUUGCUUCCAAGUUGGUUGAGAAAUACCCAAAGGCCGUUCUCACGUUUCGGUCUGCUCACCCCUUAAACCUGUCACUGGCCAACAGCAUGAGCGUUUCUGGCGUUCAGCUCGUCCUGUCCACCUUUAAGAAGAUCGAAGCGUUCUUCUCUCAGUCGCCUCUGCUGCAGGUGGAAUUUGAGCACGCCAUUUCCAUCUUCUACCCAGACAGAGAGGACAAAGCGGAGGAGCUGAAGAAGAUCUGCCAGACCCGCUGGACCCAAAGGAAUGACGGCUUUGAGGUGGCGCUGGAGGUCAUAGAAGCCCUGCUGCUCUGUGUGGACAGCGUCCACGACAACGAAGAGAUGAGGUGGAAUGACCAGGUCACUCACAGCGCCUUGGAAAUCUCCAAAGCAAUAACUGAUUUUGAGUUCAUCAUAGCGUUAAUCGUGCUGAAGAACAUCAUGGCCCUCAUCCAGGCGUUUGGGAAAAACCUCCAAGGGAAAGCGGCAGACAUCCACGCCGCGGCGGCCAGUCUGAACGCCGUGCUGCUGUCCCUGAAGGAAGUCCAGGACAACAUUGACGUGUAUUGCGACUUUUUCUACGACGAUGCCGUAAACCUAGCCACAGCCAUGGAGAUCCCCGUCAAGGUUCCACGGUCGUUCUUACGGAAAUGUCGGGAAGAAGCUGGAACCGUUCAAACAGACGUUUACUACAAGGAGCGCCUGUGCGUUCCCGCGGUCCAUCACGUGGUCGGCGAAAUGAAUGACCUCUUCUGUCAGAACCACCGCAGGGCUUUAGGGUGUCUGUCUCUGAUCCCAGACAUCAUAGAGGCGAACAAGUCUGGUCAGCCGGACGAGGAGAACCUCCAGCUGUUCAACGACGACAUCCCAAACGCAGGCAGCCUCUCCGCCGAGCUGAAAUGCUGGUGGGUGAAAUGGGGCAAAAAAGCCAAAGGCGAGACGUUUCCCUCCAGCCUCCACGAUACGCUGCAGCUGGCCGACGUCAAGUUCUUCCCCAACGUCUUUACGGCCCUCAGGCUGAUCGGCAUCCUGCCCACGUUGGCUAUGGAGGAUGGCGCCGACGUGGCGUUCAAGCGUUUCCAGAUGUACACGGAGAAUAUGGCCGACAGUGCCGCAUCUAAAAGCCUGGCGCUUCUAAACGUAAACUACAAUGUUGGGUUCGAUCUGGAUUCAUUGGUGGAGAUCUACCAGAAGAUGUACCCUGAAAGGACGGAGGUCUGAUGAGCUUCCAGACUCAUUCAGUGCUUCGUCUUCUGUCCUUAAGAUAAAAUGAAACGUUUCUAUUCUGUUUUUAUGAUGAAUUGUAGAAGUUAAACCUUUUUUUGACAUACUCACUCAGAGCCUUUGGAAAUGUCGGCUUUCAGAAUCACUCAGAUCCGAACCGCUCCAGUCUGCAGGAGCUAUAAUGCCCAGGAUUGAAUUUGCAAUAAAAAAAAAUCUGAAUUCA